CAGCUGCUUAUGACGUGUUGCUAAACUAUUUUCUAAUUCUUUCUAUUCAAAUGGGAAAUCAAAAGAUUUAAUAUGAGACUUAGACGUUCUUUACUAGUGCUGUGGUUUUUGUUAAUAGCAGUUGCCGCGGCAGAGGAGAAUAAAACGAAGGAGAAUGUCACAGCCACCAUCAACGAUAAAAACAACAUAGUAAACGAUGGAAAAAGUAGUCUUAAAUCUGAAGGCGAGGGAACGGAUUCAAGCAAAAGCGAAGGCCAAGUAGUGAAUGACUCUGGCAGCAACAGCAAUAGUGGUUCUACCAACGAAUCUGCCCCAGUGCCCGCUCCCAGCAAUGCACAUCUCAAUGGCAGUUCAACUACAAAAGCAGUUGGAAAUGUGACAACUGCCGCAACUGAGCCACCACUGAUUGAUCCCCAUGCGGUUGAACAGGAACACAAUUCUAGCUUGUCGCUAUUCUUUGUCAUAUGCGUCAUCAUGCUGGGCAUUCUCUUAAUCCAUUCAAUGCUACAGACUGGAUUCCAAUACUUGCCCGAAAGCAUUGUGGUCGUCUUUCUUGGAGCAUUUAUAGGACUCUCGCUUAAUGUAAUGUCCGGCGAUGGUGGCAGCUGGAAACGUGAAGAAGUAUUCUCUCCAAUGGGUUUCUUUUUGGUUCUAUUGCCACCAAUUAUAUUCGAGUCGGGCUACAAUCUGCACAAGGGCAACUUUUUCCAGAACAUUGGUUCAAUUUUGGUCUUUGCCAUAUUUGGAACAACAAUUUCGGCUUUGGUCAUAGGCUCGGGGAUCUAUUUACUUGGAUUGGCCGAUGUGGCUUUUCGACUUAACUUUUCCGAGUCAUUCGCCUUUGGUUCACUCAUCUCAGCUGUUGAUCCAGUGGCCACAGUAGCCAUUUUCCAUGCUCUCGACGUAGAUCCUAUAUUAAACAUGUUGGUAUUUGGCGAGAGCAUCCUCAACGAUGCCAUCUCUAUUGUUUUGACCGCUUCCAUUACCCAAUCGGCCAAUGCCAAUGCCGAGGCAACCACUGGCGAGGCAGUGUUAAGCGCUCUGAAGACCUUUUGUAUGAUGUUCUUUGCCUCAGCUGGCAUUGGUGUAAUCUUUGCCCUGAUAUCGGCCCUUCUCCUCAAACAUAUUGAUUUGCGCAAACACCCAUCGCUUGAGUUUGCCAUGAUGUUGAUGUUCACAUAUGCCCCAUAUGUCCUGGCCGAAGGAAUACAUCUAAGCGGUAUUAUGGCCAUUCUUUUCUGUGGUAUCGUCAUGUCCCAUUACACACAUUUCAAUCUCUCGACCGUCACACAAAUCACCAUGCAGCAAACAAUGCGAACUCUCGCCUUUAUAGCUGAAACCUGUGUGUUUGCCUACCUUGGCUUGGCCAUAUUUUCCUUUAAGCAUCAGGUUGAGCUAUCAUUUGUGAUCUGGGCCAUUGUGCUGUGUCUGAUUGGCAGAGCUUUCAAUAUCUUUCCGCUGGCCUGGCUGGUCAACAAAUUCCGCGAGCAUAAGAUUAACAAUAAGAUGCAGUUCAUCAUGUGGUUUUCGGGCUUACGAGGAGCCAUUUCCUAUGCCCUAUCAUUGCAUUUGCAUUUGGAUAGUCAGGAAAAGCGUCAUGUCAUUAUUACAACCACUUUGAUUAUUGUUCUGUUUACCACUCUUGUGCUCGGUGGGUCCACAAUGCCACUGCUUAAGUAUCUAAAGCCGGGAAAGAAGAGACGAUCACGGGGCGGCGGUGGCGGUAGCGGAGGUUCUACGCGAUCAAGCAGUCGUUCGGGAACUAGCCGUAAACGUAGCAAGUCUAUUUCCCUGUCUAAAACACGUGAAUGGGGCCAGGCAAUCGAUUCCGAGCACUUGUCCGAACUGACCGAGGAGGAGGAUGUGUCCUUUACACAGGCACGUGACCGUUUUGGCCGCUUGGAUCGCAAAUACUUUAUACCCUUCUUUACGCGACGUUUCAAUAGCCAAGAGCUGCAUGAAUGCAAAUCACAAAUGGCCGACUUGACCAAUAAAUGGUAUCAGGCUAUACGAGUCAGUCCGCUGGACUCGGAUGAGUCUGACGAGGAGAUAGGUCUAUCGGCGAGUACAAGCCAAAGUCAUCUGACGCGAUCGUAGAUCAUUGAGAAUGAUGCGACUUAAUGUUAGUUUAGUUUCGAUUAUGGUGAUGGGAAAUCAAUAUCUAGUAUAUAAUAGCUUAUUCCAAAAUCUUGUCAGUUGUACACUUAGCUGGAGUUGGUAUAUGGAGUUCCUAUGGUUUGGAAGCCAUGUCUAAAUACAAAAGCCAUUGAGCCUGCAUAUGUAUGUGGUACCAUUACACAUAUAGAAAUCACAAUCUAAUCAAUCGGAUGCGCUUCAAGCAGUAUUUUAUAACAAUCCAAAUGUAUAAUUCCGGGGUUGAUAAUUUUUAUAUGUAUUAUAUAUGUUAUAGUUUAUUAUUAUUAUCAUUAUGUGUUAUCGCUGUGUAUGUGUGAUUUUUCAUUUUAAAAUUUAUAAAAACCAAAUAAAUAUAUUGUGAUAUGAAUAUCAAAACAAAA